AGGAAGAGGAACUGAUUGUUAAACCACCCUGGGAAUUUCUCUCUCUCUCUCUCUCGCUCGCAAAUGGAAUCCUUUUCCUGCACAUUCAGCACCACCAUUGCAGCUGCCGUUCAUCUCUUCUGGUGGGGCUUUGGCAGCUGAUGCCCAGAGAGCCGCCGACCUUAGCCUGCUUUCUGCGCAGCACUGCAAUUUCAGCGUAAAGCUCUACCCUCCCUCUCUCCCCUUGCCAGGAGAACUCGUGCAGCCCAUCCUCAACAGCGACAACUGGGGAACCCUUAAGCCGAGCAGGCGCAACCAACGCGGCGCAUGUGCCUCUAGCAGGCGGCGCGCUUGUUGAAUGAGCGCGGGAGGGGGGAUUUGUGCUAAGCGGGCGGAGCCGCUGAGCCCGGCCCGAUAUAUAUAUAUAAGGCUGUGCCCGCCGGUGGCGCUGCGGCUGAGACAGUGCGGCGUCGGAGGAGGAUUGGUAGCUCCGCCCUUCUCUGAGGAGGUCGCGCGGAGGGGCUCUGCCGGAAUGAGUGACAUAGACUCGUACAAGGUAUUGUUGGAUGGACCGGCACCAUGGGGGUUCAGGCUGCAGGGUGGCAAGGACUUCAACAUGCCACUCUCCAUCUCCAGGCUCACUCCUGGGGGCAAGGCAGCCCAGGCAGGUGUGGGAGUAGGUGACUGGGUGCUAAGCAUCGACGGAGAGAACACCAGCACCAUGACUCACAUUGAAGCACAGAACAAGAUCCGUGCUUGCGGGGAAAAGCUCUCACUCAGUUUGAGCAGAGUCCAGAUCCUCCUAGGGAAACCUCAGAAGGACACACUCCUUUCCUCUGAGCCCCCGAAAUAUAACUUCGCUCCCAGCUCUGCCCUCAACAAAACGGCCCGGCCCUUUGGAGUCACCUCUGCUCCACACUCUCAGCCCGGGCUGGUGACGAAACCUGUACCAUACACUCCCUCCGCAUCCAUCUGCACCACACAGCACAAUGGGUGCAGAACUCUGACAAGUCAGGUCAACGCUCACUCCCCUGAGGUGAAGGCUCCACCUCAGAACAAUCCCCCGCUUGAUUAUGGAGAUUACUACCUGGAGGACCAGCACUCUCUGCGGCUGGUGAGCCUGCCGGCCUUCCUCCCCAAUGACUCCAGCAAAAAGAGGCUUAUUGAGGACACGGAGGACUGGCGACCGCGGACUGGCACUACCCAGUCCCGUUCUUUUCGUGUCCUGGCCCAUCUGACAGGCACAGAAUUCAUGCAAGACCCGGAUGAUGAGCAUGUUAGGAAAGCCAGCCAGGUCUCCCUACCGGAUCUGUCUUCUGCGCCAACCUUGAAAGUGGAGCCUGGAUAUGGCUCUGCUGCUCCGAAGCCUGCGCCUAUCUCGGGCCCUGCCAGUCGCCCACCCUGGGCUGUAGAUCCUUCUUUUGCCGAGCGAUAUGCCCCUGAUAAAACCAGCACAGUGCUGAGCAAGCACAGUCAGCCAGCCACGCCAACACCUGUGCAGAACCGCAGCUCCAUCGUCCAGGCCGCACAGCAAGCUCCUGAGAGUGCCAACAAAACGCCCAUCUGCUAUCAUUGUAGCAAGAUCAUCAGAGGGCGCUACCUACUGGCCUUGGGACGCUACUACCACCCUGAGGAGUUCACCUGCUUGCAGUGCAGAAAGAUGCUAGAUGAGGGUGGCUUUUUUGAGGAGAAGGGCUCAAUCUUCUGCCCCAAGUGCUAUGACAUACGUUAUGCUCCCAACUGUGCCAAGUGCAAGAAGAAGAUUACAGGGGAAAUUAUGCAUGCUCUGAAGAUGACCUGGCAUGUUCAGUGCUUUAUCUGUGCUGCCUGCAAAACACCCAUCCGCAAUCGUGCCUUCUACAUGGAAGAGGGGCAGCCCUACUGUGAAAGAGAUUAUGAGAAGAUGUUUGGAACCAAAUGCCAUGGCUGUGACUUCAAGAUAGAUGCUGGCGAUCGAUUCCUAGAGGCGCUGGGCUUCAGCUGGCAUGACACUUGCUUCGUGUGUGCGAUCUGCCAGGUCAACUUGGAAGGAAAGACGUUCUAUUCCAAAAAGGACAAGCCCCUGUGCAAGAGCCAUGCUUUCUCUCAUGUGUGAGGAGGAAGCUGGUGGAAAAGAGGAGACCUGUCUGCCCAAGCUGCUGCUUGCCCUAGCCCUGCAUUCCUCUUUCCCCCACAUUUUGUCCUGGCCAGAGAGAGCAAGCUGGGCCGUCCCUAGACCCGUCAUUUGACAAUCAUUCCUGUUUGGGGGGCUGCAGCGCUCAGGGUUCCCUUCAGUACUCUGGGAGGAUUCAGUUACAUGGAUUUAGAGUCUAAACUUCAGACCUUUGUUCUAUUUUUAAGGAGAAUCCCAUUCUGAACAAGAGCUAAGCGAUAGGGGCAGAAUCAUCGCUACUCUUUCCCAUGCUGUGAAGCCAUAGUGUUAUUUGUCAGAAGGACUUGCCUAUACCUCUUGUUACUUUUGUGCUAGCUGCAGCCAAAGAGGGAGAGCCCCAGAAAUGUUAACUUCCUAGCUGAAGGUUGCAAAGUUGACACCGGGCCUUCCCUAGCAAUCCAUUUACUAUCUCAGAUCUGUGCGAACACUUGCUGUCUCACCCCGUUUUUGCACAACAGCUUUUCCUAAAGCCUGGAUAGGGCUCGUUCUCAUGACUUCCUGCCUUCUUAGUGAUGUAACUACCAACUUUGCUUCCUGUCUGCCCUUCCUUCUCUGAGAAAGUAUUGUAAAUCAUUUCUGUGGUCCGGGCUGGCUCUAUCAUGCCAGUCCAUUAGUACAUACGUCCACAUUCACUGAUGGAAGACCACUCCCACACACGUUGCUCUGGUGAAAUUGGGAAAAGCAAAGUCAAAAUCAAAAAAAGCUCCCCCACCCCCCAAACAAGACUUCUGUCUUUCCACCUCCAGGAAGCAUGUGGCUAUCUCCAGUGUAGAGCAUUGUGCUGUGAGUUGCAACAGACCAAGCAAAACAUAACUGUAAAAUGCCAAGGAGAAUAGAGGUGUUGCAGGUUUCAGCCUCUUCUCCACACCAGCAAACGCCACUUCUCCUACACCAUGAGAUGAACAUGCAGUUCACUCCCCAGCCACGCAAUGCAGCAUCUGGUUGUAGCUCACAGCCCUUGGGCUGGAUGUGGCCCCAGAACAUCCCUACCAAAGACUUGUUAUUUCUGUUUUGCUCUAAAUGUGUUUCCCAGAACCGUGCUGUCCGGCUGGGAGUCUUUGAUUCUUUGCCACCUGGGUGGCACCUUGAAUACCUAAUAAAAUAUGUAUUUUAAUUCUU